AGCCCAACCCGACUGAACUGUCAGCCGAUAAAAAGUCUGCAGACUACAGUAUGCAGUGCCCUUAAAAUUCGGAGCAAACACCGUGCGUAAAUGGACUACAAGUAAAGGCGGAACGCUACAAUCUUCUGUACAGUACUGUAUAAUAUGUUGCAUAAACUGGAUGACAGCUUUAACAAAUGCUAGCUGUUUGCUGUUUUCUUUUUUUAUUUGCAUUUCUGUUUUGGUGACAUUCGUUGACUGACGUACCGUUAGAGGUGAAAUGUCAAAGUGCCGGAAGUUUAUUUAAAUGUUUUUACCCUAAUUUUGGUGAAUGAAAGAACUUUAAUAAAAAAUUUCAAAAUGAAUUCUGCUAGCAAUACUUUUGAAAGAAUUCAAAAUGAAAUCAGGGAAAACUUGGAACGUGAAAAAGAAUUGAAAACAGGACAUACCAGCUUAAAUGGGGUUAGUUAUUCACAGGGAGAUAUUUCAGCAACUGGAGCUAACGGCACUUUACCAAAAACGAAUGGAUUUACUAGAAGAUUUAUUCCAAAUACCAAUGCAAGAGGGGUAAUGCAGAAAUUUUUUAAAAAUAGAGGUAAAUUUAACAAUUCAACCAUAAAUGCUGCAGAUCUACAAAAUUCUUUUGAACCUGCAAAAAUUACGAUUAAAAAAGGCGAAAACCUUAGAAAUGGCUAUGUAUCUGCAGAAGAAAAAAUAGUUAAGGAAUUGUUAGAUUUUCAAAAACGUGAAACAGAGUUACGAGAGGAACGUAGAAAGUCCCAGCCAGAUCUAAUGAGAGCUCUAGAGUUAGAAGAAAAUCAAAUGAAAAAUUGCAAUGGUAGCAGUAGUAGUAUUUUGAAAUCAGCGAAGUCUUUGUCUAAUUUAUAUCAAAUAAGCAAUACUGCAAAGAGUGUGAAUGGGUCGAAUUAAAAUAUACACUUUCUUCCAGUAUUGUGAUCUCUAGGCUAAGAGCAAUGUUUAGGUAGCAUCCGUCCAAUGAAAACGAACUUCAUAUCAGCUAUUUUUUUUUCUUCCAAAGUGGUUAGUUAGGUGUUAAAUUUAAUAUUAGUUCAAUGCAAAACCAAAUCUGCUAUAAUGGUUAACUUUACAGAAUGCAUUGUAUUUAUAUUAUUUAUUUAUAGAAUUUUUAAGAGUUUAGUUAGGAGAUUAUAUUUUUUUCAGUGAGUGAGCUUGUAUUACUGAUACGUGAUUGCGUGAAAUUUUUCUCGAUUAUUUAUUGAUCUCGAUGGUAUUCAAUUGUUAUUAGAUAAAUUCAAUUAUAAAUUGUAUGACUAUGAUUGUAUCACUUAUACACACUUCUAAAACAUAGGACCAACUGGCUACAUGUGUAUGUUCUCAAAUAACUUUGAUAGUGUGUAAAAUAAUUUAUUAAAAUCAGCUAAGUACUUUCAGUAUGACACAUGCACUCUUCAGAGCUUCCUAUACUCUAUUUCACGUUAAGAACGGAACGGGACAGUGUUGCCAAACCUCUCAGGCACGUAUUGCUACUAGACCAAUAGACUAUCGAUAUACUAUUCAUUCUAAUCAGACGGCGUGGCAUCGGCGCGCUUCUAUCGUCCAUAAGAAAUACGUAGCCUAUCACUGCAACGUUCCGUUCUUAACGUGAAACAGUCUAUAUGUAUAAAGAAAAUUACAUACCUUAAAAGAAUUUUUUAGAAAUACAAUGGUUAAAAACUUAAUACAAUAUCUUAUAGGUUAUAAAUGCCUCAUAGAAGAGUAAUUGUCGACAUACAUAAGUUAGAAGUCGUAAGUGUUUUUCACCAUUGCAUUCAUAAAAAAUUCUCUGAAAGUAAUCUUUGUUUGUUAAAUUUUGAAGAUGGCAUGUGCUAUGCCGAAAGCACCUAGCUGAGUUUAAUAAAUAAUCUUACACACUAUCAGUUACUUGAGAACAUACACAUGUUGCCAGAGUUUGACCUCAAGUGUAUCAGGAUGAACACAUUCAGACUCUGUUAUGAAUCUAACAUUCAUGAUAAUCAUGACUAUAUUAAAAUUGAAUCGACUGUACUUGCUUUUACCAUACACGUAUCUCGCAAUGGCGUAUCAGUGAAUUUAGAGUAGUAUUUAUUUAUUAAAGUUGGUUUUUAUAUAGCAAAAAAGUAGACAGUCUUACAAUUUAUUAAUAAUCAUUGUGUCAAAAAGUAACCGAGUUAUUUUUGACACAAAAGACUAAACAAAUUAAGUACUACUAUCGAUAUAUUAUUUUUAAACUAUUAUUUAUUUUGUAAUUUAUAAUAUUUAUUGAAAAUAAAACAAGCCGGAGAUAUUAAAGACAAAAA